GAAGGGGGGGCGGUUCAAUUGAAUGCCGUGAAGACCGACGGUAUACAGGGUGUAUGUUUGUUUGUGUUGGUCGGCUUCAUUGUCGCGGUAAGCGUGUUGUGGGGUCAGGUAAGACGAUCAAGAUUAUCGCCUUUUCGGCGGAAUGAGUUGCCAGUAGGAUGCUUCUUCGGAGCCCGCAAUGAGCUCGGCAUCAACAAAUUCGGAUGCUGUACGAAUGCCAACGACGUCAUCUGCGGCGCUCAUUUUUCUUUUCUGCCGUUUUAGCUCUGAUAUACACAAAGAUGCUUGGUCAGCGUAUUUCCAGCGGACAAUGGCUUCCACUUCGUCCUUGCGGUAAUCAAUGUACUGGAUGCAGACAUUGUCCUGCUUGGCUUGCUUCAUCAGAUGCACCAGAAAUGCUUGGAUGUUGGACUUCGUAGUCAAGGGAUGAAGGUUGCACAGUCGUGUGAGAAGUCCCUUAGGAUAAUUGGAAUCCAAGGAAGGAUUUUCGUGAUGGGGCGACGGCUUUGUUGGGUCGGGUGAUGGAGACAAAUUGGAAUUACGAACGAGAGCUCCCUGGUUUCUUCGGGCUUGGCUCUGUUGCAAGCGUUGGGUAGCUCGCUUACUGUCGCCAACGAUACAGUCAAUGUACAUCUCCUCACGCAGUGUCCACUCUGCCCGAGACAAAAGGGUAAAGCCUGAAGGCGCUUGAACAUGGUUCAGUUGCUCUUGAGUAACUGACUUCCAGCACUCGACAAAGGCAUAACCUUCUGGGGUCGAGAUGAGUUUUGUAAAGGGAAGCCAUUGCCGCAUAACGGGUCGUAGCACACCCAGAAGAUGCAUCGGUUUUGCUGACAUUGUCGCGGGGAAUGACUCUACGUAGACAAUUCUGUCAAACAUACUCGCAGUAGGCCGAGAGGGAAAGGCUUCGUUGCGAUGAACAUGGAAAGUAUUCUCGUCGAACGAAAAGAAACUGCUUUUCGACGCUUUUAGGGCAGCAGAGAGUGUUUUUUGUGUAGGUGCCGGCUUCACUGAAGCCCAUUUUUGCUCAUCGUCAUCAAGAAGUAAUGUCGAGAUGUGGAAGUUAUCUUGGUCAGGAUUCUUCAUAAACUGGAGCUCAACUGCACUGAGAACUGUAUCUUGAAAAACUUGUGACAAGUCAUUUUUCUCCGUUUUCUGUGUAGCAGUCUUAAUGGUGUGUGUCACGUCCGGUGCUUCUUUCAAUGGUUCUUUUCUUGAUGGAUGUAUGGGAAUUUCAUAAACAACAUCAGGUACCGGCGCCUCCUUAGCAGGCGGUGCAUUUUCCGCAAACUCUUUUGACGGCAAAGGGCGUUUCCGUUUAAUUUGACGUGGAACGAACAUACAAGCGCACCAGUUUAGUCAAAGACGUUUGGAGUGUCUGACGCGUCCAGUCUGUUGCUGUUUGUUUACAUCGUGCUUAGCAACGUGACGCGUCUUUUUCGCUCACCACCCGUAACAAGGUUCUGGGAUGGUUUACCACGUGGCGGAAUAGGUGACGCCGUCCAUUGCUGCCGCUACGCAUUCUGUUCCGCGGUUAUAUACUCCACCUCCGCGGCAAAUCCACGGUGCAAGUCCCAAGUUUGGUAACCUUCAGACUCGCGUGUCUCGACAGCUCGCAACCACGGCGGUUUCUGUAUCUCUGUUUUUUUGUUUUACUUCGUAAAAAAACGUGUGGACAGCAUGUCUAAACGAAAAGACUUUGAAGAGGACGAAUAUGUGGAUCCGAAUGAUAUUCUGCAUUUUGUCAAUCUUGGUGCUGGAAAUGAGGUCGGUAGAAGUUGUCACAUAAUCCAAUUCAAGGGUAAAACGAUCAUGUUGGAUGCAGGUAUUCACCCUGCUUAUUCUGGUUUUGCUGCUUUACCUUUCUUUGAUGAAUUCGAUCUUAGCACAGUAGACAUCCUUCUGAUUACUCACUUUCAUCUUGACCAUGCUGCAGCUCUGCCUUAUGUUAUGCAAAAGACUAAUUUUCGAGGCCGGGUUUUCAUGACUCAUCCCACAAAGGCUGUCUGUAAAUGGCUUCUUUCUGAUUACGUUCGUGUCAGUAAUGUUGGCGUGGAGGAUCAACUGUACGAUGAAAAGGAUUUAGCUGCUGCCUUUGAGCGCAUGGAAGCUGUGGAUUAUCAUUCUACUAUCGAGGUUGAGGGUGUCAAGUUUACUCCAUUUCAUGCCGGUCAUGUUCUUGGAGCGUGUAUGUAUUUUAUCGAAAUUGCUGGCGUAAAGCUUUUAUACACAGGUGACUUUUCUCGGGAAGAGGAUCGUCAUUUAAACAUCGCCGAAGUUCCACCUCAGAAACCCAACAUUUUAAUUUCAGAAUCAACAUAUGGUACUGCUUCACAUCAACCGCGAUUAGACAAAGAAGCACGUUUGCUGAACCUCGUUCAUACCACCGUGCGCAAUGGCGGUCGUGUUCUUAUGCCAGUUUUUGCUCUAGGCCGUGCUCAGGAAUUGCUUCUUAUCCUUGAUGAGUACUGGCAUAGCCAUGCGGAACUUCGUUCCGUUCCCAUUUACUAUGCAUCAUCACUUGCUCGAAAAUGUAUGGCUGUAUAUCAAACCUACAUCAAUAUGAUGAAUGACAAGAUUCGGAAAGCAUUUGCUGAGCGAAACCCCUUUAUCUUCCGUUACAUUAAAAGUCUUCGUAGUAUCGACAAAUUCGAUGAUAUUGGUCCAUCUGUUAUUCUUGCCAGUCCUGGUAUGUUGCAGAACGGUGUUUCACGUACACUCUUGGAACGGUGGGCGCCAGAUGCUAGAAAUACACUGCUGUUGACAGGUUACUCUGUUGAGGGAACAAUGGCCAAGCUUAUUGCAAAUGAACCUAUCGAAAUCACAACUUUGUCUGGACAAAAGAUUCCGCGCCGAAUGACAGUUGAGGAGCUGUCAUUCGCAGCACAUGUUGAUUACAUUCAAAAUUCCGAAUUCAUUGAUGCUGUUAACCCGGACCAUAUUAUUCUGGUUCACGGUGAACAAACAAAUACGGGACGUCUAAAAAGCGCUUUGAUGAGCAAAUAUCACAACAAAAAAAUGGAUGUGAAGGUGUACAAUCCAAAAAAUUGCGUUCCUCUUGAACUUCAUUUCAAGGGUGAUCGUAUUGUUAAGGCUCUCGGUAACAUUGCCAUAAAGAAAGCGAAGGAGAACGACAUAGUCAGUGGUAUUCUUGUUCAGAAGGAUUCCAUCUUCAAGUUAAUGGUCGCUGAAAAUCUUCGUGACUUUAGUGAUUUAACGACCACGGUUGUGAUGCAGAAACAAGUAAUUCCCUUUUAUGCCAACUUUUCGCUGGCGAGAUAUCACCUUGAGCAGAUGUUCGGCAAUAUAAAAGAAACGCGCAACAAACAAAACGAGGUGCAGUAUGUUGUAAUGGAUGCUGUUACUAUCACACAAACAGCAUCUAGUAAGCUCGUUUUGGAAUGGGUGGGGAACGUUAUGAAUGACACAAUUGUGGAUUCUGUUAUUGCUAUUUUGCUGGGUGUUGAAAGCAGCCCGGCAUCUGUAAAAAUCACAAAACAAAAGUGUACCCAUCAUCACGACACUGUUGAGGAUCGUGUAGAACGACUCAUUCUAUUUCUUAAAGCACAAUUUGGUGAUUCUAUUACGCGGACUGAGUCUGGUGUUGACAUCAAAUUUGAUAAAUUUAGUGCGAGCAUCAACUUUUCCAAUAUGUCUGUUCAAUGCGAAAGCGAGGUUUUAAAGACUCGUAUUGUGCACGUGUUGUCUCGUGCUGUUAGUACAAUUCUUCCUUUUGUUGAACCGGAUCAAUUAGAGUCUAUGGAAAACGAAAGUUCAGCACAGAAUGAUGACAACCCCAAAAAAAUAGAGGAUAAAUCUAAACAAGGCGUGGCUGAAUACAAUCCUGCCGAAACGGCUACAGAUUCAAGCUCACAGGACGCAGCUUCGACUGUAGACAACGAGGACGAAGCAACCACAAAGUCAGACAACUCGACGAGUAGUAAUGAAGACAAAACGGAAACAAAAAUGGAUGAAGAUGACCCUUCGACUUCACCUCCGUCUGAGCAAAAUGCAUCGUUACAGGACGAUGAAAAAGAUCAGUCGAUGCUGAGCACAGUUAAGACAGAACCUGAACAAGAUUGAGAAAAUCCAUGCAUAAAGACGAAGCAUGUAUGCUUCUGCAAAAAUUCUCUGUUGUGUUAAUUAUGAAUGCUAAUCUCUUCUUUCCCUUUUUUGUUCCUUUUUUAUGCGUUUUCUCUUAAUGAUAUAAAAUGAAAUACAAUACAAUUACAAAAAGCAGUGAUGGAAAUGUAUGAAGUUGAG